AUGCCACGAGAGUGCCACGAGAGCAGUGCCAUGCCACGAGAGAGCCACGAGAGCAGUGCCAUGCCACGAGAGUGCCACGAGAGCAGUGCCAUGCUACGAGAGUGCCACGAGAGCAGUGCCAUGCCACGAGAGCAGUGCCAUGCCACGAGAGCAGUGCCAUGCCACGAGAGUGCCACGAGAGCAGUGCCAUGCCACGAGAGUGCCACGAGAGCAGUGCCAUGCCACGAGAGUGCCACGAGAGCAGUGCCAUGCCACGAGAGCAGUGCCAUGCCACGAGAGUGCCACGAGAGCAGUGCCAUGCCACGAGAGAGCCACGAGAGCAGUGCCAUGCCACGAGAGUGCCACGAGAGUGCCACGAGAGCAGUGCCAUGCCACGAGAGCAGUGCCAUGCCACAAGAGAGCCACGAGAGCAGUGCCGUGCCACGAGAGCAGUGCCAUGCCACGAGAGUGCCACGAGAGCAGUGCCAUGCCACGAGAGCAGUGCCAUGCCACGAGAGCAGUGCCAUGCCACGAGAGCAGUGCCGUGCCACGAGAGUGCCACGAGAGCAGUGCCAUGCCACGAGAGCAGUGCCAUACCACGAGAGAGCCACGAGAGCAGUGCCGUGCCACAAGAGUGCCACGAGAGCAGUGCCAUGCCACGAGAGCAGUGCCAUGCCACGAGAGCAGUGCCAUGCCACGAGAGUGCCACGAGAGCAGUGCCAUGCCACGAGAGAGCCACGAGAGCAGUGCCGUGCCACGAGAGCAGUGCCAUGCCACGAGAGCAGUGCCGUGCCACUAGAGAGCCACGAGAGAAGUGCCAUGCCACGAGAGAGCCACGAGAGCAGUGCCGUGCCACGAGAGAGCCACGAGAGCAGUGCCAUGCCACGAGAGAGCCACGAGAGCAGUGCCGUGCCACGAGAGAGCCACGAGAGCAGUGCCAUGCCACGAGAGCAGUGCCAUGCCACGAGAGAGCCACGAGAGCAGUGCCAUGCCACGAGAGCAGUGCCAUGCCACGAGAGCAGUGCCGUGCCACAAGAGUGCCACGAGAGCAGUGCCAUGCCACGAGAGUGCCACGAGAGCAGUGCCAUGCCACGAGAGUGCCACGAGAGCAGUGCCAUGCCACGAGAGUGCCACGAGAGCAGUGCCAUGCCACGAGAGCAGUGCCGUGCCACGAGAGUGCCACGAGAGCAGUGCCAUGCCACGAGAGCAGUGCCGUGCCACGAGAGAAGUGCCAUGCCACGAGAGAGCCACGAGAGCAGUGCCGUGCCACGAGAGAGCCACGAGAGCAGUGCCAUGCCACGAGAGAGCCACGAGAGCAGUGCCGUGCCACGAGAGAGCCACGAGAGCAGUGCCAUGCCACGAGAGAGCCACGAGAGCAGUGCCAUGCCACGAGAGAGCCACGAGAGCAGUGCCAUGCCACGAGAGCCACGAGAGCAGUGCCGUGCCACGAGAGAGCCACGAGAGAAGUGCCAUGCCACGAGAGAGCCACGAGAGCAGUGCCGUGCCACGAGAGAGCCACGAGAGCAGUGCCAUGCCACGAGAGAGCCACGAGAGCAGUGCCGUGCCACGAGAGAGCCACGAGAGCAGUGCCAUGCCACGAGAGAGCCACGAGAGCAGUGCCAUGCCACGAGAGAGCCACGAGAGCAGUGCCAUGCCACGAGAGCAGUGCCAUGCCACGAGAGCCACGAGAGCAGUGCCAUGGCACGAGAGUGCCACGAGAGCAGUGCCAUGCCACGAGAGCCACGAGAGCAGUGCCAAUGCACGAGAGUGCCACGAGAGAGCCACGAGAGCAGUGCCAUGCAGCUGUCAUUAUACGAACACUCCCACAACAACUGUCAGACAUUACGUAACACAAGGCGCAAAUAG